CAAAGGCUGAAUCUGCUCCCUUUGCCACAUUAUAACUAGUAGGGGAUCCUCACGGACCAUGGCCACAGCUGCCUCGAAUCCCUACAGCAUUCUCAGUUCCAGUUCUAUGGUCCAUGCAGACUCUGCGGGCAUGCAGCAGGGGAGUCCUUUCCGAAACCCUCAGAAACUUCUCCAAAGUGAUUACUUGCAGGGAGUUCCUAGCAAUGGGCAUCCCCUCGGGCAUCACUGGGUGACCAGUCUGAGCGAUGGAGGCCCAUGGUCUUCCACACUGGCCACCAGCCCCCUGGAACAGCAAGACGUGAAGCCUGGGCGCGAAGACCUACAGUUGGGCGCAAUCAUCCAUCACCGCUCUCCGCACGUCGCCCACCACUCUCAGCACACUAACCACCCGAAUGCUUGGGGGGCGAGCCCGGCUCCGAAUCCGUCCAUCACGUCGAGCAGCCAACCCCUUAACGUGUACUCGCAGCCGGGCUUCACGGUGAGCGGCAUGCUGGAGCACGGCGGGCUCACUCCACCGCCGGCCUCUGCCUCCACGCAGAGCUUACACCCAGUGCUCCGGGAACCCCCAGACCACGGCGACCUAGGUUCGCACCACUGCCAGGACCACUCGGACGAGGAGACACCAACCUCGGAUGAGUUGGAACAGUUCGCCAAACAGUUCAAACAAAGAAGAAUCAAGUUGGGCUUCACGCAGGCUGACGUGGGGCUGGCGCUGGGCACACUGUACGGCAACGUCUUCUCUCAGACCACCAUCUGCAGGUUCGAGGCCUUACAACUGAGCUUCAAGAACAUGUGCAAGCUGAAGCCGCUGCUGAACAAGUGGCUGGAGGAGGCUGAUUCGUCCACAGGGAGUCCGACCAGCAUUGACAAGAUCGCGGCGCAGGGCCGCAAGCGCAAGAAGCGAACCUCUAUCGAGGUGAGUGUCAAGGGCGUACUGGAGACGCAUUUCCUUAAGUGUCCCAAGCCUGCCGCGCAGGAGAUUUCCUCGCUGGCAGACAGCCUCCAGUUGGAGAAAGAAGUGGUGCGUGUCUGGUUCUGUAAUCGAAGACAGAAAGAGAAAAGAAUGACUCCACCAGGGGAUCAGCAGCCACAUGAGGUUUAUUCUCACACGCACACGGUGAAAACAGACACGUCCUGCCACGAUCUCUGACUGCAGGAAGAGAGGAAGCAACCAGCCGCACUGGGAGCAGCGCGGAUUUCUCUUUCUCUUCCACUCUCUUCCUUUUACUCCAGCUUUUUAAUUGCUAUUUCUCUAGCUCUCUGUCUCUCUUUUUUGUUGUUCGUUCUUUCUUUU